AGAGAGAGAGAGAGAGACUAGAGAAGUCCAGAUUCUUACCCUUACUAUUUAAUUCUCAUGUUAGAAAAACAAUAUGCAUACAUACAUGUACAAGUCUCUCUCUCUCUCUAAAUGUAUAUUACGUGUCGUCUCUUAAUCAAACUACAACGCACUUCAAGUUGUUCAUAUACAUUGAUGAUUGAUGUGUGUGGAUAUAUAUGUAGUUGUCAUUUAGCUGUACAAUCCAUAUAAUCGGUGUCAUUUUUUUAUUUUUAUUUUUUCAUUUUCUUCGUCGGUGGUGAAUUCUCAUUUAUAUCCAUUUUCUUUUCAUUUUCACCUAUCUCUACAAGAAAUAUUAUCAAUUUUUUUUUAUUUUUUUUAUUUUUUAUAUAUCGGAAUUCAACCAAACAUGUCUUCGAUUCUGAGCUCGCCUGGGGUAGUGUUGGUGACCGCCAUGGCGGUCUCCGGCACCGUGAUUUUCCUCUCGUUUCGCCGGGAAAAGAAUUUCCCAACUACCCAGUUUUCCGGGAAUCGUGAUUCAAAGCAAGUUCUUCGGUCCUGCCUUUCUUCAGAUGACAAGAAAAAGCAGAGAAAGAAGAAGAGAGUUCAAUUUGCAGAGAGUGUGAAGGACCAAACAGGGAAUGGAGAGGAAUACAGAAAGAAGCGCAACAAGAAAACCUCAGGAAUUCAGAGGAAUUGCCGUCGUGGAAUUCCUGGGAAUCGGAUGGCUUUGUACAAUGGAAUUCUUAGAGAUCGUGUACAACGUUUGGAGUUCUCUUAUUGAUUCUAAUAAUGUUUCUCUGUUUCUACUUUCCAUUGUAAUUUAAUGUAAAAAAAAAAAUUUAAUAAAAACAUAACUUUGAAUUGUAA